AUUCAUCAUAACGAGCUGAAUGAAUGAAAUAAAACAUUAAUUCCAAAGAUCUAGUUAUUGCAUUCAUGGAAAUGUCAUUUAUAGAAACGUCAUAAUCGCAGGUUAUAAAAUGUCGAUUCUUACGUAUAACGGCGGUGCGAUGGUGGCGAUGAAAGGCGACAAAUGCGUUUCGAUAGCUGCAGAUAGAAGAUUUGGGGUUCAAGCUCAGACGGUGGACACCAGCGUAGACAAAAUCUUCCACAUGGGAAACUACUUAUUCGUCGGUUUCCCAGGAUUGCAUACCGAUGCACAAACUGUGAGCGGUAAAGUUCGCCUCAGGAAAAACCUGUAUGAAUUGAAGGAAGACCGUAUCAUACGCCCGCAAGUGUUCAGCUCCAUGCUUUCGCAGAUGCUUUACGAAAAAAGAUUUGGGCCCUUCUUUGUCGAGCCCAUAAUAGCAGGUUUGGAGCCGGGUACUUACAAUCCUUAUGUUUGUAGUAUGGACUUGAUAGGGUGUCCGAAUAAACCUCAAGAUUUUAUUGUUGGCGGAACUGCUUCGGGGCAACUCUAUGGUAUGUGCGAAUCAUUGUGGGAGCCCAAUUUGACACCUGAAGAUUUAUUUGAAACCACCUCGCAAGCUUUGGUAAAUGCUUUCGAUAGAGAUGCUUUAUCAGGUUGGGGUGCCGUCAUCUAUAUGAUAGAACCUAAAAAAGUUACGAUAAGGUCUAUAAAAACCAGAAUGGAUUAGUUAAAUUUAC